AUGACUCUACUUCACGCUGCUAAUCUCAUUUUGGCGACAUCUUCCUCGCGUGUCUUCAUGCGUACACCUCCAGCAGCCUCUCCACCGCUUUCUCCCGUAUCCGCCGCCGACCAGUCCCCCAUUCCUUCCCCGCCGAUUGAGGCUGGAUCACUCGGCCUCCCAGCACCUCCGUCUACGCAACUGUCUCCGCAGUAUGUCAUCUCCAUUGUUGACAUUCUCUCCUGUCUCGCUCGGUACAGCCAGGCCAAGCUCGGUCCCCUGGAUCUCAGUGACGCGCAAGACUCGUGGGAGAUGUCGCCCGACAGCAUUAGCAAGCGCCGCCGCCGCGCGAGCAGUACCUCGGCGUUCGCCGGCUUUGAGACAUGGCGCUGGGCCAACAACCCUAUGAAUGGGUAG